AUGGACGUAAACAGAUUGCAAAAGCUUGCCGGCGCUGUGCGCACGGGCGGAAAAGGAUCAGUUCGAAGAAAAAAAAAGGUUGCCCAUAAAACAACCUCAACAGAUGAUAAGCGACUUCAGAGCGUCUUAAAAAGACUCGGCGUUACGACUGUGCCCGGAAUCGAUGAAGUUAACAUAUUCUGUAACGAUACCGUCACCCAUUUCACAAGUCCUAAAGGUAAUAUUUCACCUUGUAAUUCUACGCUCCAGAAACUUAAGCUAUGUAGUUCAAGCUGCAACACCAGCAAAUACUUAUGUAAUCAGUGGACAAUCCCAAACUAA